ACUCGCUGGCGCGCCACUACGCCAGUGCUGCGUCAGCCACACUGCGACACGCCAGUGUAUCUGUGCUGGCGUUCCUCAGUCGCCAGUCGCGGCUUUACGUGCAGACGUCUGGGGUUCGCCAGCGUCCAGGGAAACCACUCUCUCCCCUACACUUGCCAUUGGCGUCGAGCCGAAGUUUGUGUCGAGUCUUCCGCCCAGCUGCUGGCUAAACAGCCGGUGUCGUGUCGUGUUUGUGUCAACCCACGCGGGAUCACACUAUCUCUACCUCGCCGCACUGAUAACUACUACGCCUAGCCGCUCAGCUCACGGAACGUCGCGACGUGCCUAGAGGCGUAUCGAGACGGCCGUUGCCAGAGUCAGCAGGCUGGAGGGUUCUGAAGACGACGAGGAACUUCUGGUGGACACCGUGGGCGGGAAGCCCACGUGGUGGCGCCGCCGCACCGCCAUGGAGCGCGGGCUGACGCUGCUGGCGACAGUGGCGCUCCUGGCGGCCGUCGCGCUCGCCGUCUCGCUGGGCGCGCUCCUCGCCAGGUGGCAGCACCAGUCAGAGUCACUGAUGCCAGUGGCGAUGGAGUCCAGAGGGAACGUGUCUGCAGCAGACACACAGCGGCCAGAAUCGCAGUCCGGCACUCAGAGCCUGCAGGACCUCUGCCUCACGCCGGGAUGUGUCCACGCAGCGUCCGAGGUGCUCGAUUAUCUGGACCCGUCAGUGGACCCCUGUGAGGACUUCUACCAGUACGCGUGCGGCAACUACCUGCUCACCACCGACAUCCCAGAUGAUAAAUCUUCGGUGAGCACCUUCUCGGCUAUUGAGGACCAGCUCCACGAGAAGCUGCGCUCUGCCGUAGGAGAGGAGGAGCCUGGAGCAGCCGUCCCCAGGAGCUUACAGCUGGUUCACGAGCUCUACAGCGCCUGCAUGAACAAGACGCUGAUCGAGUCCCGCGGCCUGGCGCCGCUCCAGAGGCUCCUGAAGGAGGACCUGGGCGGCUGGCCCGUCGUGGAGGGCGACUCGUGGGACGAGGCGGGCUUCGACUGGCUGCGCAGCAUCUACCGCUUCCGCAGGGCUGGCCACAGCACCGACUACUUCCUCAAAUUCUCCGUGGGCACAGACUACAGAAACUCCACGCGCCGCUCCAUCAUUCUGGACCAGGCAUCGCUGGGGCUGAGCCGCGAAUUUCUGGUGAAGGGUCCCUCGGAUAAACUCGUGGAUGCCUACUACCAGUACCAGGUGGACCUGGCAGUUCUUCUGGGUGCCGACAGGACUCGGGCUGAGCACGAGCUCAGACAGUCCCUCGAGUUUGAGACAGCUCUGGCCAACAUCUCGCUGCCACAAGAGGCGCGACGCAACGUGACGCAGCUGUACAACCCGCGCACUGUAGAGCAGCUGCAGAACGACUACCCGUCGGUACCGUGGCUGGAGUACCUCACGGCACUGCUACCCCCGCCCGUGGCCGUCACCAGCGAUGAGGUGGUCAUCGUCUCGGCACCGUCCUACCUCAAGAGCCUCGAGGUCCUGCUCGGCCACACCCCCAAGAGGGUGAUGGCCAACUACGUGAUGUGGCGGGCGGCAGAGGCCUCGGUCCCCUACACGACGGAGGAGCUGCGCAGCCGCCAGCUCGAGUACGAGUCCACUGUGUCUGGAAAGACGGAGCGGGAGCCCCGCUGGAGGGAAUGCAUCGACAUCGUCGCCGAUCGCCUGUAUCUGUCUGUGGGCUCGAUAUUCGUGCGAAAGUACUUCAGCAAGCACGCCAAGAAGGUGGCACUCGAGAUGGUGGACGACAUCCGCCAGGAGUUCUUGCACAUCCUGCAGGAGCUGGACUGGAUGGAUGAGGGAACCAGGAAGAAGGCGCUCGAGAAAGCUGAGUCCGUGGCCGCCCACGUCGCGUACCCUGAGGAGCUGCUGGACGACACGGAGCUCGACAAGUUCUACGAGAAGCUAGAUGUCAGCCCAUCCCUGUACUUGGAGAGCAUGCUCAACGUGACCAAGUUCCAGACCAACUACUCCUUCAGCCAAUUGCGGCAGCCUGUCAACAAGACCGACUGGAUCAACCACGGCUAUGCAGCCUUGGUCAAUGCCUACUACAACCCCUUCAAGAACUCUAUAGGGAUUCCAGCAGGUAUCCUACAGGGUGUGUUCUUCAGCGCCGACCGUCCCAAGUACAUGAACUAUGGCGGCAUCGGCUCCACCAUCGGCCACGAGAUCACACACGGCUUUGACGAUGAGGGCCGUCAGUUUGACAAGGACGGGAACCUUGUGGACUGGUGGGAUCCUGUGACCCGUGACAAGUACCUGAAGAAGCAGUAUGGAAACUUCACCGACGAACAGGCGGGCAUGCACCUGAAUGGGAUCAACACGCAGGGUGAGAACAUCGCGGACAACGGUGGCAUCAAGGAGGCGUACCGCGCCUACCUCGCCGUGGAGCGCCGCACCGGCCAAUCAGAGCCGAGGCUGCCAGCGCUGGCCGGCCUCUCCCCGCGGCAGAUGUUCUGGCUGUCCGCCGCGCAGACCUGGUGCAAGAAGUACCGCACCGAGAAGUUGCAACAAGAAAUUACGACCGGAGUGCACUCCCCUGACCGCUUCCGUGUGCUGGGCCCGUUCGCCAACCGUCCCGAAUUUGCUGAAGACUUCAGCUGUCCGCUCGGCUCCGGCAUGAAUCCUGAAAAGAAGUGCCAGGUGUGGUAGAGAGCACUGGUGGGGAUGCCGAACUGCCAGGGGCAGAUCGCUGACUGACGGGUGUGGCUGCAGGCUGUGACAACAGAAGUGAACCUGCAUGCAGUCAGCCGCUGACCAACACUCCAGCUGUGGAGCUCUGUUUCUGGGCGAUCCUCACUGACUGGGCUCUGACAUGUUAUAUGGAAGGCCGCAGCCUCGAAAGAGACUGGCAGGCACAUCUUGCAAAGCACCCAGAGAAGACAGUCUGGGUGCUGCAGUUUCAGCACAUCACAGUCAAAUUUGCCAACUGUGUGUGGAGUGUGUGACAGCAUGCAUUUGCAUCCUAGAAACCUGCUCCUCUUUAGGGUGGAUAAAUAAAUCUUUGUGCAGAAGCAGUUAGUUUUAUCUUAAAUUUUAGUCAAUAACUUCAGAUACGGUUUUCUUUCUUACAAAUAAUGCGUAUUCAUUUCGCUUGGAUAAUGUCACAUGGAAAAAAUGUCCCCCAUAACAACUGGUAAAAAUAAGAGGAAAGAGAAAAUUUAUUGGAUAAAACCUAGGGAAGCUAUCAUUUUACCAAUUUAAACUCUACAACGAGUGAAACAAAUUGUCUAGUUGGUGAAAAGUGAGGUUUACUGCAAUACUGGGAUAUGACACAAGCAGAUGAGGAAAGAGCUAAUGAGGUAGUUUCACUUAAUGAAGCUGUGACAAUGUGUGACUCUUCAAAUGGCUCUGAGCACUAUGGGACUUAACAGCUGCGGUCAUCAGUCCCCUAGAACUUAGAACUACUUAAACCUAACUAACCUAAGGACAUCACACACAUCCAUGCCCGAGGCAGGAUUCGAACCUGCGACCGUAGCAGUCGCGCGGUUCCGGACUGAGCGCCUAGAACCGCGAGACCAUGUGUGACUCUUCAAGGCGACGUACAGAGCACAUGUCUGUCCUUCGUUUUUGCCCUAAUUAGCAUGAAGGCGAAACAAAACUGACAACAGCCUCCAUCUGACAGUCACCGGAGAAGUGAUUGACAGCCUAGAAACUGUUUCAUCCAAUAAGCAGAGCAAUCUAUUGAGUUAUUGUUGAAGAAGUAUAUGCCAUGAAGUUUACUAGAUGCUGACCAAUAUCUGAUAAUAUAUAACAAAAGCCUCAUGAUGACUGUCAUUAAAGUAGUCUGUCACUUGAAAUUAUGGAAGCAAUCAGCAACACUAAAGUAAGUAUUGCAUAACUGAUAUCAUCAUUUGCGAAAAUGCUGUAAAAGGUGAUAAAUGUUAGUUUCAAGACAGCAGUGGCAUGUCUGCC